CACACGUCGUAGAAUGGGUGAUACCUCGAGUCAGUGUGCUCCUCGCUUGACGAUUUGAGGAAUUUGUACCUAUCGAAUCGAUAGAUAAUGAUAAGAGCAACUAUUUAAUUUUAUCGGUAGAGAAUCGCAGUUCACUUCUAGUUAGUGAGUACAGGAUGAGUGAUAUGGGAAGAAUGGAGAAGAUGGACUCGGUCAUCGAGCCAAUGCUACUAGAGAGUGUGAAGCUGGAGGAGGCCCAAAAAAAGAAUCAAUACAUCGGAGCCGUCUGCGUGUCUUUGGGGGCGGUAUGUGCCGGAACAGUUUUGGCGUGGACCUCUCCAGUUUUGCCACAGAUUCAGAUACCAAAAUCGAACAUGACGAAUGCGACCGGCGGUGUGAGCCUGAACGAGACAAUUUUAACGAACCUUACACAAGUGCUUGGAAAUGCAACCUUAAAUUCGACCGAUAUCGGUUUCAAGUUGACGGAGUCGGAAGGAUCACUUGUCGGAUCGAUGCUGGCGAUAGGGGCGUUAAUUUCUGCAAUACCCGGGGGAUAUAUUGCCGAUAGAAUUGGACGUCGGAAUAUUAACAUGCUCAUAGCAAUUCCGUACAUCAUAAAUUGGCUGCUGAUAGUAUUUGCCUCAAACGCAGUGAUGCUGUACAUUGCGAGAUUUUUCGCGGGACUGGCAACUGGGGCAGUUUGCGUUACCGCGCCGAUGUACAUUGGAGAAAUAGCGGAAGUGUCUGUACGAGGAAGACUCGGAUCAUUCUUCCAAAUGUGUCUGUGCUUUGGAAUUUUUUUGACUUAUCUCGUUGGCGCGCUACUCCCUUGGGUUGGACUGUCCUGGGUUUUGCUGGCGAUUCCCAUACUGUUUGCGAUCGCCAUGUACUUUCUGCCGGACACACCAGUUUACUUGAUUAAGUGCGGUCGUGUAACUGAUGCCGAUAAGAGCCUUCGGUAUUUCAGAGGACCUAAUUACAACGUAUCCAACGAAAUGAAAGUUAUCGAGGCUAACUUAGCAGCAAGUGAAGAAAAGAAAGCGGGGCUAAAGGAUUUAGUAGCUUCAAGAGGAAACCGCAAGGCUAUGAUCGCAGCUUUAGGCCUUAUGUUAUUUCAGCAGAUGAGCGGAAUCAACGCCGUUAUUUUCUACACGGUGCCUAUUUUCCAAUCAGCUGGAACGAGUAUGUCAUCCGAUGUCGCCGCGGUAACUGUAUCGAUAGUUCAAUUCGUUAUUGCCUACGUAGCGGCGAUGAUUAUCGACAAACGCGGAAGGAGAUUUUAUUUAAUGCUGUCCUCAAUUGGCAUGAUGGUAUGUGUGGCGGCUUUAGGGUUGUACUUCCACCUGAAACUCAACAAAAUUUCAUUCGCCGGACUCGGAAUGCUUCCUCUGAGCAGCUUGGUAUUGUUUAUCGUGGCUUUCUCACUUGGACUCGGACCGAUACCAUGGAUGAUACUGAGCGAGCUGCUUGCUCCCGAAAUUAAGGGGGUGGGUAGCGGAAUUACAGUGAUGACUAACUGGUUAUUCGUAUUCGUCGUGACGUUCAGCUUUCCCCUGAUGAAUUCGGGGCUUGGUGGACAUAUCACCUUUUAUGUAUUCGCAGUUAUUUUGUUUUUGGCAACUUGUUUUGUCUACUAUUACGUUCCAGAAACGAAAGGCAAAACUUUAAGUGAAAUUCAAAUGUUAUUAAACAAAUAAGCAGCA